AAAUGGAUGGGCUGCGUGGAUAUGAAAAAAAUUAAUCAAGGUCGGCCCCAAACGGUAGGGGUAACACCCACUUAGCUGUUACCCGGGUAAACAGCUAAUCCGCUACCGGGACGGCCGUGGUAAUACCCAAUCCGCGUCGGAAUGAGCGAUGCAUCCUAAAAAGACGGGAGAGUGUCCGUCAUUGCUCAUCGCGCGUCUGUGUGUAUCUUCGACUGUCCGCAUCCAUACAUCUACCGUCAAAGCACUGCGUCGACGGUGGUGAAUAAGAGGGACCGCCGAUUUUGAAACCGGGAAAAAGGAGAAGAUGCAGAGCCUGUGGAAGCUGACCAUCUUCCUCUGCUGCGUAUGGACCAUCAGCCUCCUUUACGGUGAGAUGAUUGCCUUUUGGAUCCCGCUCUGGUCAUGCUCUUGGCCUAAUCCCUCCUCUUCGACGAGCGGUGGCGAACUAAAUCCUGGCAAUCGAGGGAAGGUUGCUGUUCUUGCUGAUCCACAGCUUAUGGACAGGACUUCCCUUGCAUUGACUCCAAAAUCACUUGCUCUAGAGACCAUACAGUUUUAUACAGAUCUGUACAUGAGAAGAUCCUUCCAUGCAUCAGUAUUGUCUUUCAAACCUGAUUUGGUUCUUUUCUUGGGCGACCAUUUUGAUGGGGGGCCUUUCUUGUCAGAUGAAGAGUGGCAGGAAUCCUUGAGGCGCUUUAGACACAUCUUUAAUCUGAAUCAAGGAAGUAUUGCAGACGUCAAAGUGCAGUAUCUAUCUGGAAACCAUGAUAUUGGCUAUGCAGGUUUUCAUUCUCUUCAUCCACAGGUGAUCAGCCGCUAUGAAAAGGAAUUUGGGGAAAGAAACUAUCGCUUCACUAUUGCAGGGGUCGAGUUCAUUGUUGUUGAUGCCCAAACCCUUGAUGGAACUACAGAGAGUGAUCUGACUUCCACAACCUGGCAUUUCAUAAAAAAUGUAUCGAUGGAUGUUACAUCAGGUCCACGGGUUUUGUUGACACAUAUUCCACUAUAUCGGCCUGAUGGAACUCCCUGUGGUCCAUACCGUUCUUCCCCCAUUAUCAACCAGAGGGUUUCUCGUGCUCAUCCUGAUCAAGGAAUAACGUAUCAGAAUUAUCUCAGUGAGGAAACAUCUGGCCAUUUACUGGACAUGAUCAGACCUAUACUUGUCUUGUCAGGUCACGAUCAUGAUCAAUGUACUGUGAUCCACACAACACAUGCUGGGCCAGUUACAGAGCACACGGUAGGGACCUUGAGUUGGCAACAGGGAAACUUGUACCCAUCAUUCAUGUUACUUUCUGCCACUGCUGUGGGAUCUUCAAACACAAGUGAUUCAGAAGAUGCAGUAACAGUUCAUCUAUGUUUCCUUCCAAUGCAAACACACAUUUACAUAUGGUAUCUAUCCCUAUUUGUGGUGACCCUUCUUUUGCUCCUCCUUUGGCCCACAAGCGGCUUGGGCUGUUGGCAUCACUAUAAUCAUGUCAUGGAGUUCAUUGGAAGAGCGAUAAGAAGCACCUUCAAGGCUGGAUCUAAAGAGAAGGAUGAAGAUGAUAGCUGCGAGUAUGAGAUGAUUUGGGAUGCAGAGGGAACGGCACAUCUGGUAAAGAAAGAGUUAAAGAAGGCCCCAGUUGCAAGUUCAAGUGACUGUGGACUGACCGGAAGGGGUAAUGCUGUGGUGCGUCCGACGGCAAAGAAGCAUGCUGCUCAAGAAUUGGAGGCAUCUUAUGCUGUAGAUAUGAACACAGAGGUGAAGCCAGAUGACACUGGAAAAGUACCACGGGUUCAUAAAUCAAAGGCAAGGAUUGUGAUUCAACGACUUAUACGGAUGCUUCGUUUGCUUACAGUCAUUGCUGCUGUGAACGUCCCUCUUUAUAUGAUGUUGCUGUUUAAGGACUGGAUUGACCAGUAGUUGGACAGUCACAUGUACCCAGAUCAAUUUUGUUGGGGGCUUGCAUUAUUUGUGCCUUCUCAUUUUGGUGCAACAGUGAAAAAAUGCAGGGGCACACUUCCUGGAGUAACUGGAAUGGCUGCAGGUUACAGAAGUUAGAAGAUGUGGUCUUGCAUCUGAAGGUUAGGUUCCAUUUUUUUUGCGAAUGAUAGGACAGUGGACGACUUCCAUGGUUGAUUGUGGGUGUGGGUGUUUGCAUCCAAGAUCAUUUGUUUUAUUUUUCCUAUCCUAAAACACUGGAUUUUUUUAAUAGAAUGAUAUUUUAGAAAUA